AUGCGUUGGGAAGAGGUCAUCACUGCCAUCAAAGCGCAACAAGGUGAAGUAGUGAAUUUCGCCCAACUUGACUGGGCAACCAAGUGUGAGAUUCUACGCAGCAAUCCUGUGACGACGAUGCGCAUGUUUGACAAGCGUGUGGAAGCUCUGUUCAGAGAUUUGAUCCUCUCUCCGGCGCGACCGAUUGUUGAGGUCGUCGACUACUUUUACCGACUGGAGUUUCAACACAGAGGAAGUCCUCACAUUCAUUGCCUCAUCUGGGUUCGAGGUGCCCCUGUAUUUGAGGAAGCCACAGAUGGAGCCAUCUGUCAUUUUGUGUCUCGCUACAUCUCGGCUGAGCUGCCGGACCCGCAGAAGGAACCGGAAUUGUACAAAAAGGUCACAGAGGUUCAGAUGCACAGCAAAAGUCACUCCAAAACGUGUGUCAAACACAAAGGUGCGAAUUGCCGCUUUGGAUUCCCCAAACAACCGUGCGAUGAAACGAUGAUCGUCAGACCUGCGCCCGUCGACGACGACAAUCGAGAUCAACACAAGGAGAAUCGGUUGGCGUCAAGUGCCAAGCUUGUUCCCGUGCUAAGUCUGCUGAAUGAGCCUGAAACGUCAUCCCUGACUUUGCCUCAGCUACUGGCUAAAUGUAAGCUCACCGGUGACGAGUACAUGAACUGUUUGCACAUGACGGCCUCGUCGAGUUCUGUCGUGCUUAAGCGAGAACCGAAGGACUGCUGGGUCAACAACUACAACCGCCAUUUGCUUCUUGCGUGGGAUGGAAACCUGGACAUCCAAUACAUCCUGAAUGCCUACUCUUGCAUCGCCUACAUCUGCAGCUACAUCAGCAAAGCUGAACACGGUCUGAGCCAAUACCUGAAAUCGGUUAUUGAAAACUCCCGCAGCGAAAAUGUCAACGAGAGCGAUGAAAUGAAGCAAAUUAUGCAAGCGUACUGCAAGAAAAGAGAAGUGAGUGCUCAGGAAUGUGUCGCACGCGCAUGCGGCUUGCAUAUGAAACAGUCCUCCCGCAGUGUGGUAUUUGUACAAACGAGUGACAAUGCGCUGAAAAUGAGUUAUCCUCUCUCACUCCUUGAGGGCAAAACGCAGGAAUCUCAUGAAGUGUGGAUGACUGGGCUGCCAGACAAAUACAAACGCAGACCUCAAACAGAGGAAUUUGAAGUAAUGUGCUUGGCUGAUUUUGCAUCAACGUGCAGAAUUGUUUAUGGCAAACAAGUCAAAGGUAAGAAUGUUUUGCCUCUGCUGAACGACAUGGGGUUUGUCCAGAAAAGAACAGAAAAACAUGCGGUCAUCAAAUACUGCAAAUACUCUGAACAAAAGGAUCCGGAGGAAUAUUACUGCUCCUUGCUCAAGCUGUACCUGCCUCAUCGUGCUUGCUGA